UCGUAUGUGAGACGUAAAACGUAUUGUGUUGCAGCGGAGCCGUAUAGAAUAUUUUUCGGAAUUUUACAAGUUUAUUUUUGUGUAUUAAUCCAAAUAAGAAUAUUAGAAAAUGUCUUCCCCAAGUGCAGGGAAGAGACGAAUGGACACUGAUGUCAUUAAAUUAAUUGAAAGUAAGCAUGAGGUAACAAUACUUGGAGGCCUCAAUGAAUUUUGUGUAAAGUUCUUUGGGCCAAGAGGAACACCUUAUGAAGGUGGUGUGUGGAAAGUCCGAGUACACCUGCCUGAGCAUUAUCCUUUCAAAUCGCCAAGCAUUGGAUUCAUGAACAAAGUUUACCAUCCCAACAUUGAUGAAAUGUCAGGAACAGUUUGUUUGGAUGUAAUUAACCAAGCUUGGACUGCAUUAUACGAUCUGUCCAACAUAUUUGAAUCAUUCUUGCCGCAAUUGCUAACAUAUCCUAACCCCAUAGACCCCCUUAACGGUGAUGCGGCUGCUAUGUACUUACAUAAGCCUGAAGAGUAUAAGAAGAAAGUAGCAGAUUAUGUGCGCAAGUUCGCGACAGAAGAAGCCCUGCGCGACCAAGACCAUAUCAUAAGCUCAGAUUCCGAAUCUAGUAUGUCAGAUUUUAGUGAGGAUGAAGCACAAGAUAUGGAGUUAUAA